GAGAAUUACCUACGCGUCUCAUUGGCAGAAAAACCUCCUGUCUGGGGUUACAGCACUGGCUACGAUGUCGACGGAGAGGCUCUAGAGCAGCUGACAAGCAAGCUGCAGGUUCAACGGAAAGCAGUACUGUUAAGGCUGUUUGCUGUCGCCCUACGCAAAGAAGAGGGGUUAGCCGAGGCCUCCGCUGAGGAGGAGGAGGAGGAAGAAGAAGACGAAAAGGAAGACGCGGAGGAGGGCAGCGAUGAUGGCGCUGAAGAUGAAAAAGAAGACGAUGCUGAUGAUAGUUCUGCGGAGGAAGUCGAGGAGAAGGAGAAUCGGCAGAGAAAGAGGUUUGCUUACGAAUGUGUUUUUUAUGAACUGACUAAAAAGGCGACUUUUCAAGCGCAUUUUGAGCUUUGGAACUCGUGCAAGAGUCUCCGUCAGAAAUAA